CAAAACAAUCCAUCGACGUCCUGAAAACUGUUUGUAGCUCAACCGACGACUUCGGCUUUUUUCCCGCAGACACUGUUGCUAUGGAACCUGGAGCUAACGCGCAGACACCUCCAAGGUGACCCGAAUCAUGGCAUUGACCACUUGGAAGGCGUUUCCCUUCUUCAACGUCUCCCAAGUUCCCGUGCCCGCAGAUGAGGAUGGCUCUUACGUCUUUGACUCAGAUAUCGUCUCGCUCGCCACCGGCUCCGAUUCCCUUUUUCUCGGCUCAUCCAAUGGCACCGUUCGUGUACUGUCCAGGGCCCUGAAAGUCGUGCGCACCUUUACCGCUUCCGACACACCAGAUGGUACGAUAUCCCAUAUCCACCACGUCCCCGACACCUCGUACCUCAUCACACUUGCCGAAAACCUGUCAACAGAGCCUGCGCUGAAGGUAUGGGCGUUGGACAAGACCGAAAAGAAGACUGGAGCUCCAAAGCUGCUCUGCACCGUGGCCGUCCAGAAUGGAAGGCGUCAGUUUCCGGUAUGUGGGCUCAACCCGUGAUUGAAGUAUUAUAUUGAUCAAACCAGAGUUCAGCGCUGGCAGUUCUUGACGACCUGAGUCAAGUCGCCGUCGGUUUCGCCAAUGGCUCGGUCACCGUGAUCAGGGGCGACUUUAUCCACGAUCGAGGCACAAAACAAAGGACCGUCUACGAAUCAGAAGAUCCCAUCACAGGGCUCGAGCUACGACAGGGUACAACCAAAACACUGUAUAUUGCCAACACCGCGCGAAUAUGUAGCCUGAUCAUCUCGGGCAAAGGCCAGGGCCAACCAGUCCGGACAGUCGACAAUAGGGGUGUCAUUGUUGGAUGCAUGACCCAGGACCCAGAAACUGGAGACAUCGUUGUGGCGAGAGAGGAUGCCAUCUACUACUAUGGUCCCAACGGCCGAGGGCCUAGUUAUGCAUUUGAGGGUCCGAAGAAAAUCAUCAAAGUCUUCAAAGAAUAUGUCGGCCUGAUAUGUCCUCCGAGGGUGGCACAGGUCUCGAAGUCCAAGACAUUCAGGCGCCUCGGAGGCGACGAGAUUGAUGAACUGUUCAGCAGCUCCUCUUUUACUCUUCUCGAUACCGACCUCAAGUAUAUUGCUCAUACAGAAUCCCUGCCAGCUCAAGUCAAGGAUGUUUUUGUGGAAUGGGGUGAACUCUUUCUGCUGACCAUGGAUGGAAAGCUGUACAGGUACCAAGAGAAGACUUUGCAGCAGAAACUCGACAUCCUCUACCAACGAAACCUUUACAUCCAUGCCAUAAAUCUCGCUCAAAAGUUCGGUGCUGAUAAAGUCCAACAAAACAUCAUUUUCAGGAAAUAUGGAGACUACUUGUAUCAAAAGGGCGACUUCGACACAGCCAUGCAGCAGUAUCUUAGAGCCAUCGACAAUACUGAGCCUUCCCAAGUCAUCCGAAGGUUUCUUGACACGCAGCGAAUCCACAAUCUCAUCGACUAUCUCGAAGAACUGCACGACCACGACCGGGCAACCGCCGACCACACUACAUUGUUGCUAAAUUGCUACGCAAAGCUCAAAGACACAGAGAAGCUUGAUACGUUUAUUCGCACGCCUGGAAGUGCCAAGUUUGACGUAGAGACUGCUAUAACAAUGUGUCGACAGGGCGGAUAUUUCGAGCAAGCUGCGUAUCUUGCGACAAAGCACGGCGAGAAUGAAGUCGUGAUUGAUAUCUUGAUCGAGGACUUGAAGAAAUACGCCGAAGCGUUACAGUACAUUUGGCGCCUCGAACCAGAAACAGCGUAUCCAGUGUUGAUGAAAUAUGCACGAAGUCUGAUUGAACACUGCCCUGAUGAGGCUACCAAGCUUUUCGUCGAAUACUACACUGGACGCUACAAACCCAAGGAAGACGUGCCGGCUGUCGCUGAAGUACAAGCUCAGACCGGUGGAGGCACCUUCCAGAGUCUCUCGGCGCUAUGGACGCUGCCAUUUAUGCAACGACCCAAGGGUGAAUCUGAGCAGACGACACAAACAAUCCCAGAACAAGCUGAGUCGUCAGACAACGAUAUCAGCCAGCCCCCGGCGUAUCCAAUCCCACGGCCCCGAACUGCCUUUUCUUCCUUCCUUGCCCAUCCCAACCAAUUUAUCACUUUCCUCGAGGCACUGAUUCAGCAAGACAAUCUGAGCAAGCAAGAUUUGACGGACUUGUCUACGACGCUGUUCGAGAUGUAUCUUGAGAAUUCCAAUGCCGCAAGCGACGCUACUUCCAAGACCCAAUGGCAGGCGAAGGCAACAGGCCUGAUCGCUGACAGCAAGAGCGCUGAAGGAGCGACUAUCGAUACGUCCAACGUUCUUCUUCUGUCGUCGCUGUCGAGAUUUUCUAUAGGCACGACGCUGGUACGAGAGCGAGCCGGGUUGUAUGCUGAUAUUUUCAGGUCGUAUACCUCGGCCAAGGACACUUCUGGGGCGAUAUCAGCUCUCCGGAAGUAUGGAACUGAAGACCCAAGCUUGUACCCGUUGGCCUUGGGGUAUUUUUCUUCUUCGGCGGAGGUUCUCAAUGAAGCAGGGGUCAAAGAGGAGCUUCAGAAUGUGCUCCGACGCAUCAAUGAGGAUAACCUGAUGGCACCACUCCAGGUGGUCAAGGUUCUGUCACAGGGUGGAGGAGUGACCAUGGGAAUGGUCAAAUCCUACCUGUCAGAGAAUAUUUCGCGGGAAAGAAGGGAGAUCCAGACAAAUCGAAAAUUGAUUGAAUCGUAUCGAACUGAGACGGCGGCGAAGAAAGCCGAGUUGUCGGAUCUAGAGACGAAGCCAGUGGUGUUUCAAGCACGGCGAUGCUCGUCUUGUGGUCGAAAUCUGACGCUACCUACGGUGCACUUUAUGUGCAAGCACUCGUUCCAUCAAGAAUGCCUGAACAAACCAGGAAUUGGGAUGGACGCAGAUGACAAAGUUGAAUGUGCGAUUUGCAAGCCUGGGAACGAUACCAUCAAGGCCAUCCGCAGACAACAGGUUGAGAGCACGGAGCAGCAUGAUUUGUUCAAGGCUGCGUUAUCUCGAAGCACAAAUCGAUUUGGUACCGUGAGUGAAUUCUUUGGGAGAGGAGUCAUGAAUGCUGUGGUUCCUGCAGGAGAGUGAGGAAUUGUGUUGUCGUGGAGUUGGAAAGAGUUCAGAGACCAGGCUGUGGCCAUAGGGGUACCGGCAUUAUAACGAUUACUGUUUUUUACGAGCAUCAGAGAGCCUACCGGCAGCCAAGUGACAUGAGCUAAGGGUCAAGUUUUAAUCUGAUAACACGUGGUUGUGGUGCACCGAUGUGCAAUUGAGAAAUGAAACCUCCGGAGACAUACCAUCCGAGUCGUCCAACGCUGUCUAACGCUGCACUGCCCUUGGAUCCUGGGUCCUGGAGUCCUGGGUAGUUCAGCUGGCGGUAAGCAGCAAGCGUUUGGUCAGUGACGGUGAAUUUUGCAAUGAUGGGGCGCUCAAGCUAGGAUUAGGAUGAUGGAUCGGGUGACACUCGCAUGAGAUGAUGGAAUGUGUGACCCCAUAUGGAGACUUUUAGGCGUCAAGACAUGGUUGUUAGGUGGGGUCGACACCUAAAAUGACAGCCUACAUUUAACAAUAAGCACGUUUUCGGCUGGUGGAGUGGCGACAGGCUUAGGAUGGAGCCGGCUGAACAGGCACGUGUCUGUCCUCGGUGCCUUCUGUGCUCCUAUAGCUAAAAAAGAAAUGCAAGGGUUACAGGUGGCACAGAUGGUUGCCUGAGACAAAAUACUACCUACCUUAGGCUUCUGAAAAUAUUGUUGCCACACGUACACAGAGUUUGAGUACUGAGUGGGUGAUUGUUUUUAGGCGCUUCUCGCCCCAAUAGACUGUUCCUGUUGUGC